AUGACAAUCCGGAUGUUGGCUGAUACGCUAAGUAUCGGAAAAUCGUCUGUGCACACAAUUUUGACGGAAAAUUUAGGUUUGAAAAAAUUGUGUACGAAAAUUAUUCCAAAGCUGCUAACACCGGACCAAAAGUUGAGGCGAAAAGAGUGCUGCAUUGACUGGAAAAAUUCGGCACUCACUCCUAAUUUUCUUGAAAGGGUUAUCACUGGUGACGAAUCAUGGUUUUACGAGUACAAUCUAGAACUUAAAACUCAGAGCAUGGAGUGGAAGUCAAAAAUGAUCCCCGAACGAAAAAAUGUCGUAAAAGCCGGUCAAAAAUAA